AAGCCUGCAAAAACUAGACAAAAGAGAAUCUGACCAUCCCUCUCUCUCUCUCUCUCACCUUUCGUGCGCAUUGAGAGCAACGACUCUUCCCUUGUAUGACACCAAGUCUACUCUCUCUUUAAUUGUUAUCCACGCCUCUCACACUUCAUCAUCUCGGCCCCUUCUUCUCCUUCUUUUACCCUUUUUCUCUAGUGGCCAUUGCUCCAUUCGGGGAGAGAGAGAGAGGGGCACGGGGAGAGACAGAAUGGAGGUAGAAGAUGAUUGCUUGCAGGGUGAGACGGUGCAGUAUUGCACCUCAAGAACAAUGGUGUCCCCAGAAAUAGUGGAGAUUGGCGAGGAGAGCAGAAGCGUGGACGUGGGCAGCAACGACGUGUACGUGGCCGUCGGGAGAGACGACAUGGAUGUUGUCAAAUGGGCUCUUGAUCACCACGUUGUCUCGUCGGCUCCUCAUCAUGCUCGCGUCUUCCUUGUUCAUAUCUUCCCCCCUGUCGCUUACAUUCCCACACCAGUUGGAAGAUUAUCGAGGAGCCAACUGAGCCAAGACCAAGUGAGAGUUUACCUGAAUGAAGAGAGUAACAGGAGAAGGAACCUCCUGCAGAAGUACAUUCGCCUGUGCGCCGAUGCCAAGGUGACUGUGGACUCGAUGCUUAUUGAGCACGGAAACAUUGCAAAAGCUAUUCUCGAUUUAAUCCCUGUUGUUAAUAUUACCAAGCUAGUUAUUGGAACCAAACGUGCGCCUUACUCAAGGCGAUUGACAAAGAAAUUGGCAAAAGGAGAAUUUGUGAAAAAGCAUGCCCCAGAUUAUUGUGAGGUCACUGUUGUUUACGAUGGCCAGAAGGUCUCAGACAACGAGAGAGCGAGAGAGCUGAAUCGUCCAAACGAGGUGUCGAGUUCAUCGGGAAAAGAAGUUGCUCGCCACUCCGAAAGGAACUUUUUUGAGUGCAUGUGCUUUUCAGCAUGUAGGACGAAAAUCGAAGAAAUUCAAGCGUGUAUCAGACCUAGGAAGGAUUGCCGUAAAAACACAGCGAAACACAAACAGCAUCACCACGAUGAUCAACAAUCCAAGUAAGAGCGAUCGAGAAAAUGGUCUUCAAGCCGAGGGAGGGACCUUCCUACACACAUGUUUCACACGAUAAUUGAUCUGUUCAGCGCAUGAGACGGGGAAUGCAGAUGAACAACAAUAAUACGAUGGCGCAGACAUAGUCGACUUCUCAUGACAGAAAGCCAAAACGGAACUCAGAUACUAGUGUAACCCAAUGAGAUAUCAGAGGAAAUUUGUAAUAGCACACAGCCUCUAGUUUUGAGUAGAAGAGGCUGUCUAGAACCCACUAUUCCGUCUGAAGAAAAAGUUCAUUAGAUGUGAUGUUCAGCAUCAGGCUGAAGAAGACACAUACACAAGGCAGUACAAGCCCCUUUUCUUAUCCUUUUUCUUUUUUUUUGUGAGAGAGAGAGAGAUGGGGGGGUUCUACAAGAUUACAAGCUUUUGGAUGAGAGGCAGACGAAGAAAAACAGUUUACAGCCCUUGAAAUUGCCUUUCCUUGUCAUCUCCAAAAGUUGAUUCUGAAAGCUACUGGAAAGAACCUCAUUUCCCACUUUUUUCAUGA